AUGCUUCUGGCUCUCUCCGCCGCACUGGAGGAUGUCGAGGUGCUGCUGAUCUCGCUGACUUUUGGCAACAUUGAAGUGAGAAGCUGUCUCCGCAAUGUCGUUUCCAUGAUGCAUAUCCUCGAGCGCGAGAUGCAAUGGCGUCGUGAGCAAGGCAAGCCGGAAGGCUUUGGUGCCUUGCGGGCGCAUAAACCCGUCGUUGCUGUCGGAGCGGAAGAGCCGCUGGAAGACCAGAAAAUGCUGGCUGAUUAUUUUCACGGCAAAGACGGCCUGGGUGGCAUUCAUGCCAGUCACCCUCACCUCUCGCCUUCGGAAACCUGGGAGCAUCUGUUCGAUCCCUCAGCCGACCCGAGCGUUGUCGAAACGGUGAGGACCGGUGCUACGACAAACACUCAUCGAUCGUUCAUCCCAUCCAAGCGGCCUGCCCACGAAGAGAUCCUUCGUAUCCUGCGGGAGAACGAACCCGAUACGGUGACGCUGGUCGCCGUAGGCCCUCUGACGAACCUGGCCCUGGCAGCCGCUCAAGAUACGGAGACAUUCCUUCGGGUGAAGGAGGUGGUUGCGAUGGGAGGGGCCGUGUCAAAGCCAGGAAAUGUCACUCCGGUCGGCGAAUUCAAUGCCUACGCGGAUGCCGUCGCUGCUGCCCGGGUGUUUGCCCUGACGUCUCCCAACCCAGCGAGUACGCUCCCACCCAGCAAGAAGCUCCCCCCAUACCCGGCAAACCUCAGCAAGCAAUUGAAGCUGCGGUUAUUCCCUCUCGACAUUACGCUUCGACACAACCUCUCGCGAGGGGAGUUCGAGAAGACAGUGACGCCGCUAGUGCAGGCCGGAUCGCCGUUGGCGGAGUGGGUAUCGGCCUUCAUGGCUCACACGUUCCUGACGCUGGAGAAACUGCACCCGGGCCACGAAGGCGCCAAGGCGCAACUCAGCCUGCACGAUCCCGUCUGCGUGUGGUACGCGCUCACGGCAGAUGACCCGCGCUGGACGCCCAGCGCGACGUCGCCGGAGGACAUCCGGAUCGAGACUUCGGGGCAGUGGACGCGGGGGAUGUGUGUCGUCGACCGACGGAAUCGACACCGGAUCGACAGCGAGGAGGAGAGCCCGAGUGAUCACGGCCUGUGGCUGAGCGCGCGGGCAGGGAAUCGGAUUAUCCGGAUGGACGGGUCGCCGUGGAGGAAGGUUUGGAGAAGUGGUGCUCAGAACUGUUUGGUGAAUAUGAGCCUCAGGUAUGGCUUUAGCAUUCGUAUAUAG